AUGAGAGUUUCAGAGAGUGUUGGUCAAAAAUUGAGGAGAAUAAACAUAGAUUAUUCAUAAUAUGAAUUGAUGGAGAAUUCUCUUGAAUAUUACUUAAAACCUUUGAAACCUAAAUUAAAUUAUUACAAACUUUUACCAAAACAACAAUCUCCUAAAAGAGAAAUAGCCCAUACUAUCUCAUGUAGAAUCAGACCUUAAAUCAUUGCUUAAUAAUAAACUGAACCAAUCAAUUAAAAGAGCUUAUAAACUCUUCCUAUUCGAUAAUUCAUUCCUUAAAAUCCUAAUCGAUCUUUUAUUUUAAAACAUAAGAAGCCAAGCAUUUAAGAGCGCUAUAAAUAGAUUAUGGUAAAAUUAAAUCAAAAAUAGGAAUAUAAUGUUGAAGACUAAUUUGUGGAAUUGAGAAGAUUAAUGACUCGACAAAAAAAAUCAUCUAGUCUUGGAAAAAGAGUUAAAUUUUUAUAAUGA